UAUAAUUAAAUGGAACGUAAGAUUCUUUGUCUAUUUUCCGCUGUUAUUGUUUUUUUCGCUUUCCUUCAUCAUCGUGGGCUUGCUUGAGAACGAAAUUGGAAGAAUUAUUCAGGCGAGGGAGAUUGGUUUCUUGUGGAUCGAGGUACGGCGCUGAGUCGGAUAUACCUGGUUUUUUUCUCAGUGGUUGAAAAAAUUGAAUCUGGUUAGUUGCGCAUGAUCUGUUCACGAUCGAGGGAUUUGGGGUUAGAUUUCUGUUGAUUGGCUGUAGUUAUAACCCACUCGAGUUCCCAAGAUGUUGGAGCAACUACUCAUCUUCACAAGAGGAGGCCUGCUCCUCUGGACGUGCGGCAAUGCACUCAGGGGCUCACCCAUCGACACCCUCAUUGGCUCCUGCCUUCUCGAGGAGCGUUCGGGUGCUGCUUCGUACAACUAUGAUUCAUACACCCUCAAGUGGACCUUCCACAAUGAGCUAGGCCUCGUGUUUGUUGCCGUGAUCCUCCACCUCCACCUCCACCUCCACCUCCACCUCCUCUACGUGGAUGACCUUCUUGCUAUGGUGAAAAAGGAAUUUUCCGAGAAUUACGACCCCAAACGGACCUCGUACGCCAACUUUGACGAUAUUUUCCAGCAGCUGAAGAAGGAAGCCGAGGCCCGUGCGGAGGAGAUGAAGAAGUCGAAACAGGUGGUCAAGUCGUUGAACAACAAUAAUCUUGGCAAGAAACAGGCACGGGUGGCCAAUGGCAUGUUCGAUGGAGGCAAUCAAAAAAAGAAGGGGAAUGAGUCCGGUAAAGAUGGUGAUGAUGAUGCCUUAGAUCCUCCGUUAGAAAAUGGUAGCCUUAGGAUGGGUAUUAGUAACAGCAGUACAGGAACAAGGGAAGUGAUUAGCUCGAACAACGGGCCUUCUGAUAUGAGCAAACGGCCGAAGCGGAGUUCGAAAGGCCGAAAGAAGACAGUUGGAAAGGUCCCUAAGGUGGAGCCGAAGAAGGUGACGAAAAAGAAUAGGGUUUGGGCUGAUUCGCCCAACGAGACGAAGCUCGAUUAUACAGAUGGGGCCGGUGAAGACAACGUGUCGGGUGUGGUGGAAGAUAUAGGGGAGAGUAUGAUGGAUAAAGAGGAUAUUGUUAGCAGUGAUAGCGAAUCUGAGGAGGAGGAGGAGACGGGAAAGGAUGGUGGGCCUGAUGGGAAGAAGAAAGGGUGGUUGUCGUCCAUGUUCCAGAGUAUUGCUGGGAAAGCAAACUUGGAGAACUCUGACCUAGAACCAGCCCUCAAUGCUCUCAAGGACAGGCUCAUGACCAAGAAUGUGGCAGAAGAAAUAGCUGAAAAACUUUGUGAUUCAGUAGCUGCAAGUCUUGAGGGCAAGAGGCUAGCCUCUUUUACCAGAAUUUCUUCAACUGUUCAGACUGCCAUGGAAGAUGCCCUUGUUCGUAUCUUAACUCCAAGACGCUCCAUUGACAUUCUUAGAGAUGUCCAUGCUGCCAAGGAGCAAGGAAAACCCUACGUCGUGGUUUUUGUUGGAGUUAAUGGAGUUGGUAAAUCCACCAAUCUUACUAAGGUUGCUUACUGGCUUCUGAAGCACAAUAUCAAUGUCAUGAUGGCUGCUUGCGACACGUUCAGAUCAGGUGCAGUCGAGCAGCUGCGUACUCAUGCACGAAGGCUCCAGAUCCCGAUAUUUGAGAAGGGUUAUGGGAAAGAUCCCGCAAUCGUGGCAAAAGAGGCCAUCCAAGAGGCCACUCGAAAUGGAUCGGAUGUUGUUCUGGUCGAUACAGCUGGAAGAAUGCAGGAUAACGACCCAUUGAUGCGAGCUCUGUCCAAGCUUGUAUGUGUGAACAAUCCGGACCUCGUUUUGUUUGUUGGCGAGGCACUCGUGGGGAAUGAUGCUGUGGAUCAAUUGUGCAAGUUUAAUCAGAAACUAGGCGACCUAUCUCCCUCUCCCUCUCACUCUCACUCUCCCAAUCCCAGGUUGAUUGAUGGAAUCCUCUUGACUAAAUUCGAUACUAUCGAUGACAAGGUGGGAGCUGCAUUGUCAAUGGUAUACAUAUCGGGAGCACCUGUAAUGUUUGUCGGGUGCGGGCAGUCUUAUACCGACUUGAAGAAGCUUAACGUCAAGUCUAUAGUGAAGACUCUCAUCAAAUAAGAAAGAUAAUUUUUCGUCUGAGACCUUUGUGUGAAAUUCGAAUGUUGUUCGUUGGCUUGUGACUGAUCUAUAAUUUUUCAUCAACUAUGUGAACUUCCCCACCUGUGAUCUUUGCUACUUUGCUAAAUAAAAGUGACUGGUGUGUUUAACUUUUGUGUGUGUUAUCUAUUGUCAUUUCAUUGAGGAAAUAUGUUUACCUAUUUGGCUUUUCUUUAUGAAUCGAACAUAAAUUUCAGCUUGCGUCCACUCAACUCAAAUAACACCCAUAAGAUGGCUAACCUCGCUCAUGUAAGAAAUUCAUGUAUUUUUUCUUCUUUUUUCUCGAAUUUUUCUUUGGCUUUUUGGAAAAUUAUUUUUCUUAUAUCAUGUGGAAGGCUUGAAAGUUGUUGAUGUAUAAACGAACUGGAUCAAGGCAUAUUUGAGGUGAGGGAUUUGGACGUUU